UUCAAAGUGAUGCUCCAAAAACGCAGCUUUCCAAAAUCCUAAGUACUGUAAUGGUCGCCCACCCUCUUUGUCUCUUCUCAACUCUCACUCUCUCCCCAUUUCAACUCUCAACUCAAAUGCAUUUCUCUUAACUUCUUCUUCUUCUUCUUCUUCUUUUAAUCCACAUGGCUUCCAUCUCUCUUCUCUCAACUUUCCCAUUUUACCCCUCCCUCUCCACCUCUUCCUCCACUUCUAACCUCUCUUUUCUCCAUUUAAGGCUCUUAAAACCCACCUACUGUCUCUCCCUCAAACAAUCCAACACCCCAGAAACCGACACCCAUUUGUCCCAACAUGACGCUUUUCGUGUCGCUUUUGCUGCAGGUGGUACCGGUGGCCACAUAUCCCCUGCUGUUGCCAUAGCUGAUGAGCUCAAAAUCAUCAACCCCGCCUCUCAAUUCCUCUUCGUUGGAUCGCCCAACAGCAUGGAAGCAACUGCGAUUCCUUCAUUUGGCUUCGAUUUCGUCUCGGUUCCCACUUUGGUUUGCUUGUUUCGUCCCUUAGUUUCUCUUAGAAACCUCUUUCUUCCUUACUAUAUAAUCAAGUCUAUACUUCUAUGUAAUUCCAUACUUGAAGAUUUUGAUCCUCAUAUUGUAGUUGGCACUGGCGGUUACGUGUCGUUUCCUAUUUGUUUAGCUGCGGUUUUUAAAGGGAUUAAAGUUGUAAUUCAAGAACAAAACUCAGUGCCUGGUAUUGCCAACUGGGUUCUUUCUUUUUUAGCUGAUAAAGUGUUUGUGGCAUUUAAUUCUACGGUUGAGUGUUUUCCAAGAAAGAGUAACUGUGUUGUGUGUGGAAACCCUGUGAGGUUGUCUGUGAGGGCUUUUGUUUCAAAGGAGGUGGCAAAAUUGAAGUUUUUUCCGAAGUCGGGGAAGGGGGAGGGGAAAGUUUUGUUGAUUUUGGGUGGGUCUUUGGGGGCCAAUGCGAUAAACAUUGCAAUGUUGAAUUUUUACUAUAAAAUGUUGGUGGAGGACAAGUUGUUCAUCAUUUGGCAGACUGGGGUUGAGUCCUUCAAUGAGAUGGAAAGCCUGGUUAAGAAUCAUCCUCAUUUGCUUUUGACACCGUUCUUGGAAUCUAUGGAUUUGGCAUAUGCAGCUGCAGACCUUGUUGUUUCAAGAGCUGGUGCGAUGACAUGUUCUGAGAUCUUGGCUACAGGGAAACCUGCUAUUCUGAUACCAUCACCAAACGUUGCUGAAGGACAUCAAUUGAAAAAUGCAUCAUUAAUGGCUGAUGUAGCUGGUUCAAGAGUUAUUACUGAAGAUGAACUUGAUUCAAUCACCCUAGGAACCGCUAUCGAAGAUAUACUAGGGAAUGAAGGUCUAAUGGCAGAUAUGAGUGAGAGGGCUCGGAAAGCUGCAAAGCCUAGUGCCUCUGCUGAGAUUGCACAUCAAAUUCUUUCUCUGAUCGAGUCAUCAGCUGCAAAGUAGCAGCAAAAAAAUCAAGCAACGGAUAAAAGUUUCUCCGGUCAACAGCAGUUCAAUCGACGCUUACUGCAAAAAUUCCCGUUGCCACAAUUUUCAUUCUUCCCCUGCCUGUACCAUUAUCUUGACAACAGCUCAAAUGUUCCAUAGAAGUCGGGUCCACACAUACUGUUGUAUAAAUGCCAGUUCAGGAGGCCAGAAAUCACAGGUUCUCUCUCUUUUCUUCUAGCUUCAGAGUAGAUGCUUUUUACAAGCACUUCUAGCAAUACCUGAGAAGUGCUUCCGAAGUCAUGAAAUUUGUUGUUUAGUUUUAGACAUUUAAGUGAAAUUCAUUUAGAUUUUUGGCAGUUGAUAUGAAACUUACUCUUGUGCUCAGCAAGAUCAUCAAAGUCUGUAAGAAGCAAACUGUAUGAUCAGUCUUCAAAUAAAUCAAACACUGAUUGAGACACCU